CAGCGGCCAUCUUUGAUUCGCUCGGCGACAUGGUUCGCGGAAGAAGUUCCUUACGCUACAGGGUUUCCGGCUUCAAGAUGGUCGCCUAAACUGUUGAGACUUUUACUACAUUUCUCCAUCCCUCUCGGUGUUCUUUUUUUUGUUUGUUUGUUUGUUUUUUUAAUUAACCUGGACGUGACGCAUUAAAGGACCCGACGGAAAUAGAACUGAAGGAGUUCUAAAAUGGCGAACCGUACGGUGAAGGAUGCUCACAGCAUCCACGGCACCAACCCUCAGUAUCUGGUGGAGAAGAUCAUUCGAACACGGAUCUAUGAGUCCAAGUACUGGAAAGAGGAGUGCUUUGGCCUUACGGCUGAACUUGUAGUUGAUAAAGCCAUGGAGUUAAGGUUUGUGGGUGGUGUCUAUGGUGGCAACAUAAAACCAACUCCCUUUCUGUGUUUAACCUUGAAGAUGCUUCAAAUUCAGCCUGAGAAGGAUAUCAUUGUGGAGUUCAUCAAAAAUGAAGAUUUCAAGUAUGUCCGUAUGUUGGGGGCACUUUACAUGAGGCUGACAGGCACUGCAAUUGAUUGCUACAAGUACUUGGAGCCAUUGUAUAAUGACUAUCGAAAAAUCAAGAGCCAGAACCGAAAUGGAGAGUUUGAACUGAUGCAUGUAGAUGAGUUUAUUGAUGAACUACUGCACAGUGAGAGAGUCUGUGAUAUCAUUCUGCCUCGACUACAGAAACGCUAUGUGCUAGAGGAAGCUGAGCAACUGGAGCCUCGAGUUAGUGCUCUAGAAGAAGACAUGGAUGAUGUGGAGUCCAGUGAAGAGGAAGAAGAAGAAGAUGAGAAGUUGGAGAGAGUACCAUCACCUGAUCACCGCCGGAGAAGCUACAGAGACUUGGACAAGCCCCGUCGCUCUCCCACGCUGCGCUACAGGAGGAGUAGGAGCCGGUCUCCCAGAAGGCGGAGUCGAUCUCCCAAAAGGAGAAGCCCCUCCCCACGCCGAGAAAGGCAUCGGAGCAAGAGUCCAAGACGACACCGCAGCAGGUCCCGAGAUCGACGGCACAGAUCCCGCUCCAAGUCCCCAGGUCAUCACCGUAGUCACAGACACAGGAGCCACUCAAAGUCUCCUGAAAGAUCUAAGAAAAGCCAUAAGAAGAGCCGGAGAGGGAAUGAGUAAUGGACUCAGUCUGCUUUAAGUCCAAAAUGGCCUCCUGUGGAUAUGAGAGUAUCUAUGUGGAAGGAUUAAGAUCUCCGCCCUAGGCAGCUAUAAGAAUAUUUUAGUUUUUUCUUAUCAGGUUUCUCCACUUUUUUUUUUUUUUUUUUAACAAAAGAGGUGCUAAGUUUUGUAUCUCUUUUUGAAUCUUGACAUCUUUGAGGGAUGAUGUUCCUAAGGGUCAGUUUUAGAGGAAAGAUAAUGUUUCCUCAGGGUUCCCUUUUUGUUAUUAAACUUCACACACCCAUUUCUCAUUUUUCUGUAGUUUACUUUUUUGUUGUUCUGUGAUUUGAACUGCUUUUAGGAUCCUGGGAUUUGUGCUGCUGCUAUUAUUCAAAUCAAAUCAGUAAAACAUCAUAGUUCUUAACUUUUUUGCAGCAGUGGCAAGUGGUAAUAAACAUGAAAACUGGUUAGCAGCAGUUUUGCAAGAACAGAAUGCAUUCAAAUGUAAGGCUGCUUCCAGAUCAUUUAAUCCAAUUUCAUCGACUAGUUCAAAAGAUGUUAGCACUUUAACACCCUUUAUACGGCACAUUCUUACAGCAUGCCAUUUGUUCUUCCCACAAGCUUUUAAACCCAGGUUAAGGUGCUCAGCCUUUAUCAAACAUUGACAUUAUCCAAGCCUAAUCAGUAGCAAUAAGGGCAUGAGGAUUGAAAAAGAUUUGAUGGAGAGAAAAGUGUCUAAUACUACUCAUGGUUUUGACCUGAAUUGCUGGGCACUAGUGCCAUUCACAAAGUCAGAAAAUACAGCAGGGGCCAGGCGCAGUGACUCACACCUGUAAUCCCAGCACCUUGGGAGGAUUGCUUGAGGAUAGGAGUUCGAGACCACCCUGAGCAACAUAGCAAGACCCCAUCUCUGCAAAAAAGAAAAAAAUACAGCAGGAAGAAACAGCUUUUAAAGAGGCAGGAGUGAGAGGAUUGUGGUGACAGUGAAAAUGAUACUCAUUUUAACAAGUUUAAUUUGAGAUAACUGUGGUAUAGCUAAAGCCCAGACAGUUGGAAAUAGGGACUACAGUUCUCUGUAGUGAUUGAGGCCAGAAUUGACAGUGUUUAUGUAACUGUGGAAGAUGCAGAUGAGCUUGCCCAAGGAGAGUGUGUAUGUAUGAAAAGCAAACAGUAGAACCGCAGGCAACACCAACAGUGGUGACAAGAAGAGGUACAAGUAACCUAUUUAUUGAAGACUACAAUGACCCCUUCAGAAAGACAGAAGAAUUAGAGAGUAGGUUGUAGAAGCUAAGGUUUAAGGAUACAGAAGCAAAGUGAGGAUUAAAGUGUCUCCAUGGGCAUUGAUAAUUAAGAGAUUAUUAGGAUCUUUGCUAGAAGAGUUCCCUUUACCUGUACUUACUUUAACUCCUUUAAAAAGGGAAAAGUGCUUGAAUGACUUCUUGCAACUCUAGUCCUAAGCAGGAACUGUUAAGACCAGCUGUGUUGCAGCAUCCAGUUUCUUGGGAAGUUAUGUCUCGUCAUAGUAUAAACAUUGUUAUUUGCUAUCGAACGGAAGGACUUUUACAGCAAUAUUAAAGCAUUUUUUAAAACUA